GAAGAUAGGUGGCGGAAUUUCUUUGAGAAAAGAACCUACUCUUAUUAAGGUGACAUAUUAUUGCAAACUGCAGCCCGAUCGGAGAUAAGGGUCUUAGAUUGCUCACGGUGGGACUGUGCAAAAACUGAAAUUCUGUUAUCUACACCUGAUCUGCAAAAUGAACGAAUUUCAUGAUCUUAUGCAACGUAUUUAACGUUUUGCAAGCCUCUUUGGCUCGCCUUGUGUCCUGAUAACUAAUCAAAACACUCUUUGGCUGAAUUGUGGUCGACUCUCGGCAGAAAUUCAAUCCAAAAUUGUCGAUGACCUCGCUCUCCUGACUAUCCCAUUUCUAGCCAUCUCAUUUGCAAACCCUUCGGAUUCUCACGCACAUCAGUUACCAAGCUAUCAACACUGUAAUCAUUAAAUCUUGUACUAAAACAGGGCAAAAUUAUUGUUCCUACAACUGCGUGUUCUCGUCAAGUUGUCGCCGGGAACAGGUUACUGUCUGAGGGAGGCUUCCUCUGGGUGUCACGUGUUUAGUUCGCGAGGAUUAUGUCACGAGCAGUGGUGUUUAUCUGUGGGAUUUCAAAUCGCCACCUGAUCAUCACGGCUUCUUUACAUACCUAUUCGCAACAAAACACCGUUAAGCUCCCUACGUCGACACACCGAAGAAAUCAAGUCCCUGAAUUCACUGUGCUGAUUUUUACAUCGUUCGGACGAAAUCUUAAUUAAGUCGAGGCACAAAGUCAUCCAUAACGCGUCAUGUACUCAUGUCAUUGUUCUGCGGAAAUCGAAGUCAACGCUGUUGUUUUUCCAACCUGCCAUGUGAGUGAAAGUUGUUGACCUUUUCCUGAAUUCGAAAGAUAUAAAUACAAAUAUAAAAGCUGCUAGCGACAGGUCACAAAUCCAUUUAGCUCCCGCAUUCAUUGCGUCGAGUGCGCGGCGCAAAGAUGAUUUUCAUCUUUCAGAAGCUGCGCUCGUUCACGCUGUAUUCUCUACUGGUUUUGAUCUUCUGCUUGGGAUGGAUUUUAAGGGUGUUUCCUUUUUUCAAGCGUCUAAUAUCUAACGCAAUCGAUAGCAUGCUCGGCCUGAAGAUGUCACAAGAUGAUUAUUGGGACACGAUGUUCACGCGACAAAUGCUAAAAGGAUUGUGGAGAUUCAUUUUUUUGGACAUCAACAAGAAGACAAAACUCGGUGCCAAGGCUUACAACUCUCCUCUGUUUUCCGUGGAUGGCAAGAAGUGCUUUCGUCUGCUGGACACGUCAAAGUGCGGACGCCCCCUGGUCAUAAAUUUUGGGAGCUCAAGCUGACGACCAUUUUUGACGAAACUGCGCGAGUUCGGCGAAAUUGUUCGCGAUUUUGCCGACAUCGCAGAUUUCGUCAUAGUGUACAUUGAGGAGGCACAUCCCUCAGACGGCUGGGCAUUUAAGAACAAUUAUAACAUUCCCAGGCAUCAAACCCAAGCAGACAGAUGCGCGGCAGCUCAGCUACUUCUGUCCCACAAUCCACCGUGCCCCGUAGCAGUGGACAGCAUGCUGGACGCCGCCAACUUGGCGUAUGGCGCAAGCCCUGAAAGGCUCUAUAUCAUCCGGGACAAUAGAAUAGUGUAUCAGGGAGGGCCUGGGCCUUUCGCGUACAACAUCAAAGAAGUCAGAGUCUGGUUGGAGAACUACUCCGGACGGAUUUUACAUUGUGUACCAGAAGAAUGAAUUGAACAAUGGCUCAUAUUGAGUGCAAUAACUGAACUGAAUAAGUCUUUCAUGCCAAUUAGGCGCAAUUAAAUUCAUCCAUUAUACUUUAAAAGACGGGCAGUCCAAGAAAAGAGUGACGUUCUGGAAAAAAUUAAUUCGUCCAAGCAAUUGAUUCCAGACUAUCAUAGUUAACAGAGGGAAAUGGUUAUGAAGCCUGGCAAACUUCAAAAGAGCAACCAAAGAUCACAAGGUUUAUGUUGGGAGGUCUACGACCGUGUAAAAGCAUUUGUCUUAGGCUCAGAUACUAUGCCAGUGAGUUAAUUACAUCACAGAAAGGUUACUAUUGGUUUUUUGCUUGCACAGAAGUAAGCAACUAAUGUGCUUUGUGCUUGGUGAAGGCCAAAAUAAGCGAACAAAAAAUAAUUUUAACCCUUUUCAUAACCAUUUCCUUUGGAUAACUAUACCAUGAUCUUCUACAAAUGAUCCACAAAUAUGACGCGAGUGGUCGAAAGCACUCCAAAACUUGCCACGCGAUCGUAAAGCAUUGAGUUGCAUUUGGCGCGCCUAGAGACCUUCAGAAGACGCGAUUUCGCCCUGAACUGGCACUUUUUCCUUUGACAGCUUAAAAAAUUUCAAAGAUCUAAACAUUCAUUUCCUCUCCGUGACAGGGCUCUAACUCACUCCGAUAAACACCCGGAGUUUGUUCUUAAACCAACACAAAGAUUAUCAGUUUGGUGUUUUAACCAAAAAUAAUGUACUUCGAAGAUUAGAUCGCUAUUAUAAUGUAUUUAGCUCGCGUGUGCAGAGGAAUAGAUAUUUAAAGUAUUCAUCCCUUCACUAAAAAUGUUUAUCGCGAGUAGUGGCUUAAAAUAUUUAAGUGGCAUCUUAAAAAGACAAAAUACGGAAAAGGGAAUUUUUCUAGUUAUGUUGAUAAUCCGCCUGGAGUUAUAUUCAGGCUCCAUAUUAACCCGCUUUCAUCGGAAGGGGAAAACUCCAAAAUGUUAAUCUGGAAUCAAAUCUAGAAAUAAUAAUUUGUCCUUUAGUUGCAACGCCUCAAAUGAAUCUUAGAAUAAUUCGUACAUAUUAUGCAAAUCGAAUAUAUUUAAUUAAACCAUGGAGGUAGCUCUUAGUCUUGUUUAGAAAACCUACGUCGAGUUGACAUUAUGAAGGCUUGGAAACUAAAGUGCUCAAGCAUUGCUCCUUAGCCCGAUGUUGGUCGACUUGAUGUUUGAUCUAGUUUAAAUUAAUACUCAAAGUUAUAAAGAGCAGCAGUGAAUGGACUAAGAUUAAAAACAGUUAUUAAAUAAUGAAUUUUGACUAA